AAUCGAAACUUAACCGGUCACCAUGCAGACGGCGCCUGCACCUCCUGGAUCCCCUUGUCGACCACAGGACUCUGCCCUGACCCCCACGCCCACCAUGCCUCCCCCAGAGGAACCCUCCGGAGACCAUGAACACACCCAAAGCUCUGCGGAGCAAGCCAUAAAGGAGGAAUUUCAGUUUCUGCGCUGCUCGGGCUGCCAGGCUCAAGCCAAAUGCCCUAAACUGCUGCCUUGCCUGCACACGCUGUGCUCCGCAUGCCUGGAGGCGCGCCGUUUUCAGUGCCCCACCUGCCAGGCACCGGACUCGGCCGGUGCUAAUGCGGAGGCCCUGGAUAACGUGUUCUUCGAGAGCCUGCAGCGGCGCCUGGCGGUGUUCCGGCAGAUCGUGGAUGCGCAGGCUGCGUGCACCCGCUGCAAAGAGUCGGCUGACUUCUGGUGUUUCGAGUGUGAACAGCUCAUGUGCACCAAGUGCUUCGAUGCACACCAGUGGUACCUCAAGCAUGAGGCCCAGCCUCUGGACGAGCUCCGCAACAGCUCAGUGAGCGAAUUCCUCGACAGUACGCGCAAGUCCAACAUCUUCUGCUCCAAUUCCAACCACCGCACCCCUACGCAGACUAACAUCUACUGCCGAGGCUGUGCCAAGCCUCUGUGUUGCGCAUGCGCUCUCCUGGACCGCACCCACAGCCAUCUCCAGUGCGAAAUUGGUGAGGAGAUCCAGCAGCGGCAUGAGGAGCUGGGCACCAUGACACAGGCUCUGGAGGAGCAGGGCAGAACCUUCGACAGUGCCCAUGCACAAAUGCGCACAGCCAUAGGCCAGCUGGACCACGCACGCGCGGACACAGAGACACAGAUCCGCGCACGCGUGCGCCAGGUGGUAGAACACGUGCAGGCUCGGGAGCGGGAGCUGCUCGAGGCGGUGAAUGAGCGCUACCAGCGCGACUACCAGGAAAUAGCUGGCCAGCUGAGCCACCUAGAGGCUGUGCUGCAGCGCAUCCGCACUAGUGCAGAGCUGGUCAAGAGGAUGAAGCUCUACGCCUCAGAGCAGGAGGUGCUGGAUAUGCACGACUUUCUGCGCAAGGCACUCUGCCUCUUGCGCCAGGAGGAGCCCCAGAACCAGAAAGUCCACCUGCGCACCAGCGGCUUCGAGGAGUUCAAGUUGUGCCUGCAGGACCUCAUCUCCUGCAUCACCCAGAGGACAGAUGCAGCUGUAGCUAGGAGAGCCAGCCCAGAGGCAGCCAACACUCAGCCAGAGGCAGCCAACACUCAGCCAGAGGCAGCCAGCACUCAGCCAGAGGCAGCCAGCACUCAGCCAGAGGCAGCCAGCACUCACUCAGAGGCAGCCAGCACUCACCCAGAGGCAGCCAGCACUCCUGAGGACUCGACUGAUCUUGAGCAGCCCAAAGAAGUGCAGAGGGCACAGGCUCAGGCCCUGGAGCUGCCUAAGACCCAACCUGUGGCUAUGGUAAAGUCAGUGCCUGGAGCGCACCCUGUACCAGUGUAUGCCUUCUCCAUGAAAGGCCCCACCUACAAAGAGGAGGCGUCUCAGACAGUCAGCCCCAUGAAGAGGAAGUGCUGCCACCCAGAUUGCUACAGGAAGCUCAUCAAGAUGGAGUCCACAGGAGAGAAUGAGGACAGGUUGGACACAGGCUCCCCUGAGCAGCCCAGACCCAGCACUUCCAAGGCCUCACCUCCACAUCUGGAUAGGACUUCCAGCCCUGAGAGCACCGUCCCUGAAAAAGAGACCCCCCUGCCUAUCAACAAUCAUGUUACCAGUAACACAGGGAAAACAGAGGAGCGAGUCGUGGUGAUCAGCAGCUCAGAAGACUCGGAUGCCGAGAAUAUGUCCUCCCACGAGCUGGAUGAUAGCAGCGAUGGGUCCGGUGGCAUCCAGCUGGAGGGCUCUAAUUCCCUCAAUGCCUUGGAUGAGAGCCUCGCUGAACCUGGCUUAGAAGACAGGACCCUGGUUUUCUUUGACCUCAAGAUUGAUGAAGAAACCCAGAAAAUUAGCCAACUGGCAGCCGUGAACCGGGAGAGCAAGUUCCGAGUGCUAAUCCAGCCCGAGGCCUUCAGUGUCUACUCUAAGGCCGUCUCCCUGGAGACGGGGCUGCAGCACUUCCUCGGCUUCCUCACCUCCAUGCACCGUCCCAUCUUGGCAUGUCCUAGGCUGUGGGGGCCCGGACUCCCCAUCUUCUUCCAGGCCCUGAAUGAUAUUAACAAGCUGUGGGAAUUCCAGGACGCCAUCUCGGGUUUCUUGGCGGUGUUGCCCCUCAUCCGGGAACGCAUACCGGGCGCCAGCAGCUUCAAACUUAGGAACCUAGCCAAGACCUACCUGGCGAGAAACAUGAGCGAACGGAGCGCCCUGGCUGCUGUGCUGGCCAUGAGAGACCUGUGCUCCCUCCUUGAGAUCUCCCCAGGACUGCAGCUGGUCCAGCAUAUCUACUCCUUUAGUAGCUUGCAGUGCUUUGCUUCCCUGCAGCCCCUAAUUCAGGCAAAUGUCCUGCCACAGCCUGAGGCCCGCCUCUUGGCCCUCCACAAUGUGAGCUUACUGGAAUUGCUGACUGCGUACCGCAGCCACCGGCAAGAGGGCUUGAAAAAGUAUCUCCGCUAUCUGAGCCUGCAGACCACCCCAUCAUCGGCUUCCACCCAAGUUGCCCAAUUCCUGCAAGCUCUGAGCACCUACCUGGAAGGACUGUUGGAAGGCCAUGCCCCUGCUGGGGUAGAAGACAAUACUGCUUCUCUCUCUGGCAGAGCUGAAAAUAAGGGAUGCCUGGCCUAGCUGCUUAGUACGGAGGGAGGGGCAUUCCUGAGCCAGGCCCCACCCAUUGCUACAUUCCCAGGUCCUGGUCAUUUAGUUCAGAACAGGUGUCCUUUCUCUGGGACCAAACUCCCUUUCUCAAAAAUUCCUGCAGCAGACACCAAAGGCACCCCAGACUUAGACUUCCCUUCUAGAAGCAGAACCAGGAAGGCUUGCAUAAAGUAAAGCAUGGCCUCUGGGUUCUCAAGUGCCCCAGUUACCAGCUACCACUACCACGAGCCUUGCAGCUCUCCCUGGAUGCUCAAUCCAUGUCCCAAGUGACCUGCUGAUGGCCCACAAAUAAUACUUUAGGUGGCACUGGCCGCUAUACCAGCAGCCCCACGAGCACGCAAAGUGCCUUUCGAACCAAAUUGUCCUCAUGAAUUUGGGUUCUCUUGGCCCCAACUGACCAGAGGCCAACCGUGUUCAAUUUUAUUUUUCUCAAAGUAUUUUUGUUCCAGAGGGGCCUUCUAGCAGCAGAGAUCCAGGAACUGUAGUGUUACCAAGUUCUCCGGGUAGUUCUGUAGGCUCAAUUCUGGCCAUCUCUGUUGCCUCAGACCACACAUCCUCCCCCCCACCCAAAGGGAAGCAGAGAAAGCCCCUGGCCAUGCACAUUGAGUAUGAUCAGGAAAAGGCCAGAACACCAGUGUUCUGUGCAAUGGGCUGGCUGACCUGAGGUAUUACCUCAGUCCCCAGCUGGCUCUACUACCCUGGGCUUUCAGGGUUGGGCAGCAGGCUACUGGACCAGCAGAUAAGAUGCAUCCUUCUUAGCCUUGGACCCCAGCUCUCAUUCUGAGCCUUUGGCCCCUGACCUUAUGACCAUCUUGGAGGUCAGUUGUUCCCUGAAGUUGGCUGAGCUGCUGCUGCUGUCCGCCUUCCUCCUUGAGCCAUUCCCUGUUUGCUCCUGGGGUGUUUUCCAGACAGCCCAGAGUGCCAAUCUUGGCAGCUUGAAGGCCUCCACUUUCACAUGGGCGAUGCCUGCUUGCUCACACCUCUCACUCAUCCUAGGGGUGUUGUAAGGCAGUGGUUCUCAACCCUCCCAGUUAAUACAGUUAUUCAUGUUGUGGUGACCCCGACCAUAGCAUCAUUUUGUUGCUAUUUCACGACCAAGUUUGCUAGUUAAUGAAGCCUAACGUAAACAUCUGGUAUGGAGAAUAUCUGAUAUGUGACCCCUAUGAAAGGGCCGUUUGGCCCCCAAAUGGAUCAUAACCAACAGUUGAGAACGGCUGCUCUAAGGCAUUCUGUAGAAGCUCAUUCCUUCCACAGUAAGGCUGAGCUCUGAAAACUGUCUAGAGCUCUGGUUCUGGGUGGGGAUAAGGAUGGGAGAGGAAAGGAAGUUGAGACCCUCGCUUGGCUGUACUGCCAAGGCGGUGCUGGGGCCAUGUCUCAUACCUUGCCUGUCCCUGAACUAAACAGGGCCCACUGAGUUCCAGCCUCAGCAGGCUGCUUGUCUUCAGCUGAUGAUGGGUUAAUGACAGAAGGAAGCCCCGCCCCCAUCACUGCUGCCACAGCCUUUAGCAAACAUGUGAAUCCUGAAACCCUACAAAUCACUCCUCCCUCCUUCCCUAGAGGAGCCUUCAAGCCCCCUCUUUCCUGGGGACAAAAGGCUCUCCCAGGCAUGGGUGAGCAUGUAAUUCCCCAACUUGGCUUUGGGGAGUCUUUCAGAGUCUGGCAGAGCUGGACAUCUCCUUGUCCAGAGCUAAGGACAUUAAUCCUCCAUUUCAAGUAGGGAAACCCAGGUGGACUUUCCUCAGGAUGUUUUCCAAAGGUGAGAAGCACCAACUUCAAGAGUCGCCUCCUAGAGGGGAGCCACGAGCCAGAGACCAGGACCUGCGGGCACAUCGCUGCUGGGUCCUCUCCUGUCUUCAAGUUUCUAGAGCUGGCAAUAAAAUUGUAUAAAUUGAAAAGUGAGGAGCAGUGUAGGGGAUUGGCAACUUGUGGUUCAUCCAUGGUCUUUCAUAUCCUGGAUGGAGCUUAGCUUAGAACUUCCCAACCUUCAGUGCACAGCGUUCUAGGGAAUUGUGCUCCCUGGCUGGGUGAGCUGCCGGGCUUGGUCAGCAGCGCCGCCAGUGUACCUACUUCCUGUCCCGGAUGCCCAAGUUCCACUUCCAGAGUUUUAAUCUCUCAGCUUGACCCUUUGACCAAAAUAUAGCAAAGUUUAAAUACUCUGUGUGUGCCACAUUUUUAAAUUGUUGUCAAGAUGUACCUACCCACAGACACACCAACCAAAACCUUAUUGGUCUGGAAGUUGGGAUUCAGAUUUUGGUAGACUGUGACCCUGAUCUGGUACUCCUAACCCCCUGGUCCUCUGUGAAGUGAGAUAAUGUAUAUUUUUGCUUCAUGAGAUCUUGGCUGGAAUAAAUGGGAAGAUCAGAG